AUGAACCAUCAUGAAGAUAUAUCUUUUGAGAAGGUACAUAAUAUUAAUAAAAUUGAAAAAGUCGAUAUGAUAAAUAAAAAUGUAAAUUCAAAAAAUAAUAAUUAUCAUAAUAAUGAUGAUGAUGAUGAUGAUAAUAAUAAUAAUAUAAACAAUGAUGUAAUAUUUACUAAUUUUUGUACAAAUUCUGAGAAUUCUUUAGCCAAGAAAAUUUUAGAUUCAGAUGAUACACCCUCUGUAAUUCAUGAUUGUAUUAAUGAUAAUAAUAUUAAUUAUCAUAAGAAUUAUCAUGAUGAUAAUAAUGUGAAUAAUAUAUGUGUGAAUAUACAAAAGGAAUAUUUAAACAAUAACAUAACUUAUCUUACAAAUUAUCAUCAAAAUAAUCAUCUUACGGAAAAAACAAAAAAAAAAAAAAAAAAUUAUCCAUGUAAUAAUUAUAAAGAUAAACAUACACAUUACCAAUAUAAUAUAUCGCACAACAAAGACAUCUCGAAAAGCAAGGAACUUAUCGAUGAAUCCAAUUUUAUAAAAAAGCUAUCUUUUCUAUCCAAUACAUAUGAUAAUAAAAAUUACCCAUGUGACCAAACGGAUACUAUUAAUAUUAUAUUUAUGCACAAAUAUAUAUACUUAAAAAAUUUAAAAAAAAGAAAUUAUUUCAAAAAAGUAAUUAUGGAAAAAUCUAAAAAUCAUCAACAAAGGACAAGCAAUAAAAAAUAUACCAAUAAAAUUCAUACUAAUCUUAAUAAUACAAAACAAUUUAUUGAAAAAUAUACAAAUGACGACAAUUAUUAUAAUGUACUUAAUAAACACUUGCAGAAUAUAUAUAAUACAAUCGAAAAUAAUAAAUUGAAUAACUAUACAAAUAAAAUAAAUAAUCAUACGUAUAAUAUUAACAAAAAAAAUAUUAUAUUAUAUAAAAAACAAAAGAAAUAUAAUAUAUAUUAUAAUAAAUAUAUAAAAAGUAUAAAUAAGGAUCAUUUUAAAAAAUAUUUCUUCUUAUUAUUAUACAGAUAUCAUUUCUCACCACAUACAUAUCCAAACUAUGUUUUUCCUGACAUCAAAAUGGUAAAUACAAAUUUGUCUUUACAUAAAAUGUUUUAUUUUUAUAAGAAUUAUAUAGUUUAUAUGGAUCCCUAUUAUUCUACAUAUAUUAACAUUCAUAAUAAUAAUAAUAAUAACAAGAAGAAGAAGAAGAAUAUUAAUUGUAUGAAAUUAAAAAAUACUACACAAUUUAAUACUUUAAAAAACAAAUUGUCUACAUAUAAUUAUACAAAUAACAAGGAACAACAUAACAAUUUGAAUAAUACUUUUGAUUAUAAUGGACAUGCUGAAUUAAAUUAUGAUGAUGCUCUGACACAAAUACAUAAUAUAAGAGAUGAUAAUAUUACAAAUGUUAAGAAAUGUACAAAUGAAUAUUAUAAUUAUAGUGAUAAUAAAAAGGAUAAUUCUUCUUGUAAUCAUAAUAUUAUCACUUAUCCUAGUACAUCUUCCCAAAAUACAAAACAUGUAACAUUUUGCUUUAUUUCUGAUGACCAAUCAACCAAAAAAAAAAAAAAAAAAAAAAUUAAAAAAAAAAUUCUGAACGGCAAGGUAGAAUUGUCCGCCGAACCAAUAUUUGACAAAAAAUUAGAGAAUAAUAAAAACGUUAAUGACAAAAAUAAAGACCAAGGGAAAAGUCAAAUAUUAUUUCAAAAUAGAGAUGAACAAAUGGAAUAUAAUAAUAUAUACAGAAUAAAUAAAAAUAAUAUGAUAAAUGAACUAAAAACGAAAAAUAUUAAAAAAUUAAUGAAAAAGAAAAAUUAUGAACACAAUAAUGAUAAUAAUAAUAAUAAUAAUAAUAGCCAAACUAGCCAUUCAAAUGACAUAUCAAAUAAUUUAACAAGUCAUAAUAUUUCCAUUUCCGAAAUAUAUAAAAAUAGCUGUUUGAGAAAUUUGAACAAAAUAAGGGAAGUUACCGAAGAAAAGAACAUGCCAAAAUAUGAGAAGAAUGAUGAAUAUCAGAUAUUGCAUGAUGAAAUAUUGUCAAGUAGCCAAUUAGAUAAAUGUGUACAAAAAGGAAGAAAAAAAAAAUUAGGCAACAUAAAUGAUGAAAAGACUUCUAAUAUUUCUCAUAUUAAAAAAAAUAAAGACAAUGAUAAUAUUAGUAUUGAUAAGAUAAAAGAAAAUAACUAUUUUAAUAAUUCCCCUUUGGACGGUUAUCAUGAUAACAAUAUAAAGAUCAGUAAUAAUUUUGAUGGGGAUGAAGAUGCCAUAAGGGAGGUGCAGAAAUAUAUAGAUUAUAUAAUUGAAAAUGAGGAUGUGGAUAUAUCUAAGAUUAAUAUCACAUUAAAUAAAACGUACGUUAAAAUAAAUUUCUUUUUAAAGAAAUAUAUAUUACAAUAUGAAGAGUUUAAAAAUAGUAAUAUAUUAUUUUGCUUUGGAGAAUCAAGUGAAGAAGAGGUGUUAUCAGAACGAUGUACAUUUAGAGAAAACAUAAGUAAUAAAAUAGGGAAUACAAAUGAUGCAUGCGGUAAGACAAAAAAUGAUGAUUUAAUAAAUAAGAAGAAACCUAAACAACCAAAAACUAGGAAAAUUAAUUAUGAUGCUAUAGAUACUAUGUGGCAACCUCACUUUCAUCCACAUAAUCAAGAAUUUAGAGUACGAUAUAGAUAUAAAGGUAGUAUGAGAUUAAAAACAAUAUCUUGUAAACAUUUCGGAUAUUCCAAUAGUAAAAAGAUAUCAAUUUUAUUUUUGUUACGAUGGAUUUUAUGUGGUAAACAAAUAGCUGAAAAGACUAAGAGGUCACGACUUAGUAUAUGCGACAUAGACGAAGGUAGAUUACAGGAACUCUUAACAUCUAAGAAACAAAAAAAAUUAUCUUUAGAUAUUCCAGAUGAUAAGAAGGAAGUUGAAAAAAUUAUGUUAGAUAAAAAAAAGUCAGUAAAAGAAAAAAGACGAAAAAAAGCCAUGUCAUUAGAUGAAGAAAAGGUAAAAAAAUGGUUUAGUAAAAAUAUGAAGAAUGAUGAAUUUUAUGAACGCCUUUAUAAAAUUAACAAUUUUGUUUUAAAUAAUUGUAAGGAUGAUAAAGUAUUAAACAAGAUAAACAAUAUAAUUCAUAAUCAUGAAAUUGAAAUGAAAAAUUGUGAAAAGAACGUUGGUAUGAAUAGGGUGCAUAGCGAUGAUAUUAAAUAUAGUGAUGAUAUUAAAUAUAGUGAUGAUAUUAAAUAUAGUGAUGAUAUUAAAUAUAGUGAUGAUAAUAAAUAUAGUGAUGAUAACAAAUAUAAUGAUGAUAAUAAAUAUAGUGAUGAUAUUAAAUAUAGUGAUGACAAUAAAUAUAAUGAUGUUAAUAAAUACAAUGAUGUUAAUAAAUACAAUGGUGAUAAUAAAUACAAUGAUGACAAUAAAUACAAUGAUGACAAUAAAUACAAUGAUGACAAUAAAUACAAUGGUGAUAAUAAAUACAAUGGUGAUAAUAAAUACAAUCAUGAUAAUCAUUACAUUUAUAACCAUUAUGAUAAUAUUAAACCAACCAACAAGAGAGGAAGAAAGAAAAAAAGGAAAUCUAAUGAAGAGGAAGAAGAAAAAAAAAUAAAUAAUAUGGAUCUUCCAUGUUGUGACAAGGAGAAUUAUAUUAUAAAUAAGAAAUUAAAAAGAAAUCCUAAAAAAAAUAAUGAUACGAAUGAUAGUAAUAAUAAUAUGUCAACAGAAGAGUGUAUUCCAUUUUGUAUUGGUAAGCAAAAAGAGAUGUUUCUAAAAUUCUUUAAAACUAAUAUGAUUAAUGGAAAUAUUAUACAAAAUAAAUACAAAAGUAAAGAUAAGAGUAAUAAUAUUAAGGUAAUUGAGGAUAUGAAUAAUAUAAAAUUAGAUGAAAAAAUGUACAAUGUUGCUAAAGAUAUAUGUUUGAAUAACAAAAUGGAUGUAAAAAAUAAAGAAUAUUUAAUAUUAUAUGAUGAAAAUAACAUAGAAAGGAAUAAUAUUAAUAAUAAUAAUAAUAAUGAUGAUGAUAAUAAUGAUGAUUAUGAUGAUGAUGAUAAUAAUGAUGAUUAUGAUGAUGAUAAUAUAGUUUAUGGGACCAAUAAACAUAUUAAUAAUAAAAAACGUGUGAAAAAAAAGAAUAAUAAGAUGGUCGCAACUUGCGAUUUAUUAAAUAUUUUGUGCACAAAAAAUAAUGUAAAUGAUUUAUUCAUGAUAAACUCAGAAAACCUACGUAAUAAAGAAAAUCUGAAGGCAGCAAAUAACUCUCUUACAGAAUUAAAAAAGUCUAUAUAUAUAAAAAAUAAAAAUAAUAAUAUGAAUAAAAUAAGAUAUUCCAAUAUUAAUGAUAAUUUUAUUGAAUUAUUAAACAACGAAAAUAUUAUGAACAAUAUGAAAAUAAAUAAGGAUAAGGAGGAAAAGAAAAUGGAAGAUGAUAACAUGGUGUAUGAUCCAACUAAGACUUUAAUAAAAACAAAGAAAAAAGAAGAAAUGGAAGAUGAUUCUAUGUUAUAUGCUGUAUAUAAUAGACUUCUUGAUUUAAAUAAUAAGGAAUUAGAAAAUGAUAAAAAUAUUAAUAUUCCAAAUUUAUCUACUAAUUAUGAUAAGGGUUCAUAUUUAUUAACUCAAUCAUCUGAAGAAUUAAAUAAAAAUCUGAACCCUAAAAAUAGUUGUAAAAAAAUAAGUAACGUAUCUACAUGUCCAAGUUUGGGAAGGAAUCAUUUAUUAUGUAGGGACGAAAAUAUAAGCAGCGAUAAUAAUAAUAAUAAUAUGUGUAGUAGAUCCUUUUCGCAUGUUUACAAACAAAAGAACUAUGACAUUAGAAAUAAUGACGAUAUUGUUAAUAAUAAUAAUAUAAUUAGUGUUUUAUGUAAUAAUGAAAAAAAAGGAAUGGUUAAAGAUAACAACAUUUCUUAUAUAUUAAAAAAUAAAAAGAACCCAAAUAUGUUCAAUAUGUUAUUAAAAAAAAAAAGUAACAAUAAUUUAUUGGACGUAAAAUCAGAUUGUUAUGAUUAUAUGAAAGAAAUAGAAAUUGCUAAUAAUAAACAUUUAGAAAAGGCAUAUGUCGAAUUAUUGUUUAGAGAAUAUAUGAAGAUAAAUAAUAAGGACCUUAGUAGAAUUGAUUCAUCAGGAGAUUCUGUUAAAAAAUCGUCAUCCAAUAGUAUGGAUAGUAGUUGCAAUCCUAAUAUGAAACAUAGGAAGAACAAAAUGGUGGACAAUAAUAUAAAUGAUAUAUGUAAUAAGUACAAUAAUAAGAAGAAUAAUUAUAAUAAUAAUAAUAAUAAUAAUAAUAAUAAUAAUAAUGCACAUGUUGAUAUGUGCGAAAAUAAUUAUAUAGAUACUCAUAAUAGUUAUAAUAAUAAUUAUAGUAACAAAAUAAAUUCCCUUUUGAAUGAUAUAAAUUCUUACAAAAGAAUACUUGAGAAAUAUGAAAGUACUCAUGACAUGAAUAAUAAUAAAGAAAAAAUGAUUUAUCAAGCUGUCAAAGAAUUAAUCAAUUCAAAAGAUGUUUUACACAAGGAAGAAAAAAAACGAAAACCAAAAACGGAUAAUAAAGAAAAUGAUUUAAUAAAUAUAUUAAACAUAAGAAAGUGUAAUGAUAUACAUGAACAUGAUAAUGUUAAUAAUCAUGAUUAUAAUAUAAUUACGUCAACAAGUAAGAAUGUACAAAUGAAUAAUUUAUAUCAAGAAAAAAAAUAUAUAAAGGAAUCUGAGAAGAUACAGAAAAAAUAUUUAUCCCAUGUAAAGUAUGAUAAGAAAAAUUUCGAUUUAAUCAAAAAUUUUAUUGUUGCUAUAAAGAAUAAUACCUUACAACAAAAACAAGAAGAACAAUAUAAAAGUCAUGAGGAAAAGGAAAAAUAUAUACACAACCAUACAUUAUAUGAAGAUAAAAUAAUAUCAAGUUUAUUAAAAAAUCCACAAAUUCUAAAUCAUAAGAAUAAUAUGAAUUUUAAAAAUUACAAUCAUUCGGAUUAUAAUCAUUCUUCUGAUAUAACAAACGAAAAAAAAAAAAAUAUAGGUGUAUUUGACGAAAAUGACGAUGAAAUAUUUACAUAUUAUAUGUCUUUAAAAAAUAAUUUACCUAAUAUAAAAAAUAUAAAGAAUAUUAAAAAUAUGUUUUGA